CCCUCCGUUUUUCUCUCUCUCUCCCCGCCUCCUCCGCGGGAGCCGAGCGCCAAACUCAAACUCUAUCCGGACCCGUAAGUCUUUCAGGCUAGUACCGAGGGCCGAGCCUGUUCCGCACAGCGGCCGGGGCAGCGGGCCAGUAUGAGCCAAGUUCUACUCCAGCAACUAGUCCCGUUGCAGGUGAAAUGCAAAGACUGCGAAGAGAGGAGAGUAAGUGUUAGAGUGAGCGUUGAACUACAAUCAGUUUCUAAUCCAGUUCACAGAAAGGACUUAGUUAUCCGUCUGACUGAUGACAUGGAUCCAUUUUUUCUAUAUAACCUUGUUAUAUCUGAGGAAGAUUUUCAAAGCUUAAAAUUCCAGCAAGGUCUUCUGGUAGACUUCUUAGCUUUCCCACAAAAAUUUAUAGAUCUCCUUCAGCAGUGUACUCAAGAACACACCAAAGAAAUUCCAAGGUUUUUACUACAGUUAGUUUCUCCAGCAGCUAUUUUGGAUAACUCACCUGUAUUUUUAAAUGUGGUAGAAACAAAUCCUUUUAAGCAUCUUACACACCUCUCACUAAAACUUUUACCUGGAAAUGAUGUGGAGAUAAAGAAAUUUCUAGCAGGCUGUUUGAAAUGUAGCAAGGAAGAAAAAUUGUCAUUGACACAAUCAUUAGAUGAUGUCACUAGGCAACUGAACUUCACACAAAAGACAUUAUCAGAAAAAAUCCAAGAAUUAGAUAAGUUACGGAACGAAUGGGCAUCACACACAGCAGCAUUGACAAAUAAGCACUCUCAGGAACUAACAAACGAGAAGGAAAAAGCCUUGCAGGCACAGGUUCAAUAUCAACAGCAGCAUGAACAACAGAAAAAAGAUUUAGAAAUUCUCCAUCAACAAAACAUCCACCAGCUACAAAACAGAGUGUCUGAGUUAGAAGCAACUAAUAAAGACCUAACCGAAAGAAAAUAUAAAGGAGACUCCACUAUUAGAGAACUUAAAGCAAAACUUUCUGGCGUCGAAGAGGAGUUGCAGCGAACUAAGCAAGAAGUCCUCUCUUUGCGAAGAGAAAAUUCUACACUAGAUGCCGAAUGCCACGAGAAAGAAAAGCAUAUUAAUCAGCUACAAACAAAAGUGGCAGUUUUAGAACAGGAAAUCAAGGAUAAGGACCAGCUUGUUUUAAGAACAAAAGAAGCAUUUGAUACAAUCCAGGAGCAGAAGGUGGCCUUAGAAGAAAAUGGGGAGAAAAAUCAAGUACAGCUAGGAAAACUUGAAGCUACAAUAAAAUCAUUAUCAGCAGAACUUCUGAAGGCAAAUGAAAUUAUCAAGAAGUUACAAGGGGAUCUGAAAACUCUAAUGGGUAAGUUGAAACUGAAGAAUACAGUUACUAUUCAGCAGGAAAAACUCUUGGCUGAGAAGGAGGAAAAAUUACAAAAGGAGCAAAAGGAAUUACAAGAUAUUGGACAGUCUCUUCGAAUUAAAGAGCAAGAGGUAUGUAAGUUACAAGAACAAUUAGAAGCUACAGUUCAAAAACUUGAAGAAAGCAAACAGCUUUUGAAAAAUAAUGAAAAGUUAAUCACAUGGUUAAAUAAAGAACUAAAUGAAAAUCAGCUAGUGAGAAAGCAAGAUGUAUUGGGACCUUCUACUACCCCACCUGCACAUUCUAGCAGCAACACAAUCAGAAGUGGAAUUUCUCCUAACUUGAAUGUGGUUGAUGGUAGACUAACUUACCCAACUUGUGGGAUUGGCUAUCCUGUCUCCUCUGCAUUUGCAUUCCAAAAUACCUUUCCUCAUUCGAUAUCUGCCAAAAAUACCAUCCACCCGGUUUCAGGACCAAAGGUUCAGUUUAACUUGCAAUUUACAAAACCAAAUACAUCGCUAGGAGAUGUUCAGUCAGGAGCAACUAUUAGUAUGCCUUGCUCAGCUGAUAAGGAAAAUGGUGAAAAUUUAGGGCUGGAAUCCAAAUACCUGAAGAAAAGGGAAGAUAGCAUUCCUUUACGUGGACUCAGCCAGAAUCUAUUUAGUAAUUCAGACCAUCAGAAAGAUGGCCCUCUAGGAGCAUUACAGACAUCUUCCAAACCCACAGUGCUCCCUUCUACAUCUUCAGCAUAUUUCCCUGGGCAGUUACCAAACAGUUAAUUCUAGUGUCAUGUUUUACUUUUUAUUGACAUUUUUAGAAACUCAGGUGGUUUAAAAAUAUGUUAACAUAAAUCCUAAACAAGCAAGUUUCAAACUUAUUUCAGCUAUUGUAGAUUGUUUGGAUUCUUUAUUAAGUGCUGCUGUCAUUUAUGGCAGUUUACAGGAACAAAUUUGUACUCAGGGGUUGGUAAAGAUUCUGAGUAAAUGACUUUUGGUUUGUGAACGUGGUAUUUUAUAGGAUAAUAGUAUGAAUUUUAUUAAAUUAAUCUUUAGAAAUUCAGUUCUAAGGAGAGUUGAUCCUUAUAAGGGAGAUUCUAAUCAUACUGAAAAUCUGAGUAAAUUAAAACCGGCUUAGAAUGUAAUAGUAUGAAACCAAAGAAUGCUAAUAAUUCAUUUUUAUCAUUUUCAUUGGUAAGUUUUAAAUUUACCACCUGAAAAUUAUGAGGGAAAAUUAUCUCCUGAAAUAUCUAUAUUAUUGAUGAUGUUGACAUUAAAGGGAAAAAUCCUAAAUUAACCUUAAAAGACUG